CCUGCCCCCGCCUGCCGGGCCUGUCUGCGCCCGUGCCAUCCUUACUCGGGACGCAGUGACCGUUUUUAAAUCACAAGGGCGUGGGUCAACCUCCCCUAGGACUUCAUGUCUGUAUAUUUCCCCAUUCAUUGCCCUGACUAUCUGAGAUCGGCCGAGAUGACUGAGGUGAUGAUGAGCACCCCAUCCAUGGAGGAGAUUGGCCUCAACCCCCGAAAGGAUGGCCUUUCCUAUCAGAUCUUCCCUGACCCGUCAGACUUUGACCGCUGCUGCAAACUGAAGGACCGCCUGCCCUCCAUAGUGGUGGAACCCACAGAGGGGGAGGUGGAGAGCGGGGAGCUGCGGUGGCCCCCCGAGGAGUUCUUGGUCCAGGAGGAUGAGCAGGACAACUGUGAAGAGACAGUGACAGAGAACAAGGAGCAGUAGAUUCCCACCGACUCCCCGCGGGUCACACCAGACAGCAUCUGUACCUGAACUGUGUUCUUUCCCAUUGUGAUGGAUGAAGAGAGUGGGCCACAAUCGUUCUGAAACGUCAGACCAGGCUUCCGUUUUGCUCCUGCGAAUCACUGAGUUGGUUUUCUUUCCCUUUCUUUUCUUUUCUUUUUUUUUUUGAACUGUGUCGCGCCCUGGAGCCCUCUGGGGCACUUUGCAAGGCCUUCUGAGAAAGGAAGCUGCUUGCGGGGUUGGGGGUGUGGGGAAGCUUUGGUUUUUGAGAUCAGUAUCUGAACUCAGCACCUAGAGGCAGCGGUGGGAUUCCAGGGGGGCUCUGCGGGUGGGGGGGAUGGGGCGUGCACAGCGAGCAAGGAACAUUUGGGCUAAGAAAACAAACACGGGACAAAAGAGCAAAUGCACGGUUUAAG